AUGAGGAAAAUCAUUUUGAGUUUGUCUUUUAUUCUAAGUGCCACUUAUGUUUAAUCUGGAUAGAAAUUGGCUUUUGUUUAUGAAUUGGUUAGACAUGGAGCUAGAGCAUCUACUCAUAGUGAAGACUUAUCUAUAUUCGAAGUUCCUAAGGGUUAAUUAACUAGAUCAGGAAUGAGAUAAAGAUAUCUAAUAGGGAAAUACAACAGAUAAAAAUAUAUUGAAAAAGAGUAACUCAUUGAUGGCACAUAUAAUCCAAGCUAAAUUUAUCUACAGACUACAUCAGUGACAAGAGCCUAAUAAAGUAGUUAUGCUGAAAUGAUGGGUCUCUUUCCUCCUUUGCAAAAUUCCUAGCUCAAUGAAUAAAUACCAAGCAAAGCAAUGCCGAAGUUGAAGCUUCAUAAUAAAGGAAAUCUUUAAGAAACUGUUCUCAAGUCAUAGAUCGAUAACUACUAAUUUAUUCCUGCUUUUACUUAUGCUGAAGCAAAUGUUAACGAUGAUUUGUAUUUUACUGGCUGUCCUUGGGUCUAUGCUUAUAAGACUGAUGCAGCAAAGAAGCCAGAGACCUAUAAUGGAGUGAUUGAUGAAGUAUUAGAUGUUCUAAGGAAUCCAAUAGGUAAAGCAAACAACUAUACUUAGGACUAAAUAGACAAGAUUAAUUUCAAUGAUAUCACUCUAGAACAAGAUAAAUGGUUUACCACUGACUUCUAAGGAGUAAAAUAGUGGUAUUAAUACACCCCUGUAGAGUUAGAAUAUUUGAAACAUUUUUAAGUCAUUCAUCUAACUUUACCUGUCGGUCAGUAAGGAAGACAGCUUUUAAUGACUAAGCAGCUAUCAAAACCCAUAUAAAGCAUGAAAAAUAGAAUUUAGGAAAUCUUGUCUGGAAACUAAUCAAAAGAUACCUUGAGAUAUAUAGUUUACUCAGGCCAUGAUGAUACCAUCAGCAAUCUUUUGGUGUUCCUUAAUCCUGUCAAUUUUUAUUUUGAAGCUGUUCCUUAUUGCAGCUAGGUAUAUUUUGAGCUUUACUACGACGAAGAUUGUGUAUCAACUAAGAAAGACAAUUCUUGUUUCACUUUGCAAAUGUUCUACAAUGGGCAUCCAUUUAAGCUUGAUACUUGCUAAGCUGCUAAUCUAUAAAGAGGCAGCAAUUCACCAUUCUGUUAGUUCGAUGACUUUGUAGCUCAUUAUGAUAAGCUUAAGUAUUAGGGAGAUGUUAAGGAGGCUUGCCUUAAGCCAUAUACUGGCUGA